AUAUUGAUUGAUAUUGCUCAAUUAAAAUAAAAGAGUUACUUUAUAACUAAAACCAUAUUUUUGAAUUAACAUUUCAAACAAAUACUACUUUUAAACGGUGUUCUACGGACGAGUUACUGAACCUGACCAGACCUGAACGCCACAGGUGACAGUGAGGGACAUUUUUGUGACCAUUUGGUAAUUUAAAAGCUUGAAAACGCCUAAAAAGACGGAAAUCAUGAAGGACAGUGGGACGUCCGGUGGUCAGCUACGGGCGUCUGAAAGUAGCGACACCCUCGAGACCUACCUACUGACCACUACCUCUCGGCCGGACUCGGACGCUUACUUGCUGACCACUCGGACACUGCCCGAGGAUUAUGCGCUGACCAAGGACAACGAAGCCUACCAGCUGACCACUCGGACACUGCCCGAGGAUUAUCCUCUGAUCAAGAACAACAGAGGCCGAGACCGUGACGACGACGAUCUAGUCUGGAUCCCUAUGUCUGGAAAAAAAAGCGCUGAUGCUAAUGCUUCUAGACUCUCUGAAGAAGAUACGUCGUUUUGCGCUAAAAUAAGAAUGAGAACAAGUCUUGAAGAUAUCCGUUCAUUGUACUUUUGGAAGGCGGUUUUCGCCGAGUUUGUUGGAACUUUUAUACUAGUCAUUACGGCUGUAGGGUCGUGUGUCCAAGGAUGGAAGGACGAUCCACUGGACAUUGUACAGAUUUCCUUAUCAUUCGGCCUCUGCGUCGCCACCAGCGUAUGGAUCAUUGGCCACAUAAGCGGUGGCCACAUUAACCCAGCCGUCACAUGUGCCAUGCUCAUAACGAGGCGUAUCAGUCUCAUUCGCGCCAUCCUUUUCAUAAUCGCCCAAUGCCUUGGCUCCAUCGCUGGCGCCGGAAUUCUGAAGGCGCUUACGCCAUCCGCCGUGGUUGGCGGCUUGGGAACGACCACCCUCAACACCGGGGUUACUCCUGCUCAAGGUUUCGGAAUCGAGCUUAUAAUAACCAUGGUGCUGGUGCUGACGGUGUUCGCCGCCUGUGAUAGCAAGAGGACAGACCUUGGCGGCAGUUUCCCGCUAACAAUUGGCUUUGCCGUCACCGUCGGACAUCUUUGGGCGGUCGAGUAUUGCGGGUCCAGCAUGAACCCCGCAAGGAGCCUGGGACCAGCUGUCAUCAUGGACAUCUGGACUGACCACUGGGUGUACUGGCUUGGACCAAUAACAGGCGGAAUAAUUGCCGGUCUUCUGUACGACAAUGUCCUCGCUUCCAACGCGUCACUAAGGAAGGCAAGAGACUGCAUGAUGUCAUCACAGUUCGACGACGGGAAAUACCCGGCUGUGAAACCCAAAGUUCGGGUGAUUGAAGACGAGUUCGAGGCUGAAGCUAUGACAAACACCGUUUGAAAAUUGUCUACCUUUAUUUAAGGUAGUGCACCUCUAAUGGGCACAUAUCCAAAUAUAAUCUAAUUAAUUAUUUUCUUAAUCAGCAUCAUUUCACUGAACUUUAUGCAAAUUUGUAGGUAGGCUUUCCAUGCUUUUUAAAAAAAUAUACCGAUUUUUUCAAAACCACCCCCACGCUCGGCUUUUGUCCAGUUUAUUUUCACCCCUGGGGUAUAUAAAAGUUCCAUAAUUCAUUCAAAUUUCCAAAUAUGGGCAUGCAUUUGGUGUGUACAGAAGCUGUAAAGGUGUUUAAAGUUUAAACAAGAUGAAAUAAGUAUUCUUUUACAGACAUUUAUUUUUUACAAAUUUUUAUCUAUGGAAGAGCACCAUGAAAUGUAAGUGAUUUCAGCCAAGUAAAAAUUGGGUCGGUUAAAAACAAAGUGUCAUAAAAUUCAAAAUAGUAUCAUUUAAGUCAUAUUUUAAACUUAGUUUUUAUAGAAACACUAUAUACAGCAAAAAUACCAAGAACUAGACAGAUUUACCGUUUACUUUUUGAAAUAAAAAUAAAAAUGCAACAUGCAUGGUUCGUAUUUUCAACAGUAAAUCACCCAAUUUCGCCAUAACGUUGUUUUAAUUUUAAUAAUUGAAAAAUGUGCAUAAAAAUUGCAACAUAUUUAACAAUAAAUAUAGCUUAUAUGCCAUAUUAAAUCAAAUUACGUUAGAAAAUAAAUAAAACGCGUCGCAAAAAAGUAUACGUCGUCGGCAGGAUUCGAACCUGCGCGGGAAUAUCCCAAAAGAUUUCUAGUCUAUCGCCUUAACCACUAGGCUACGGCACCUAAUAGUAGGCUCUUCAACCUUCGAAGAAAUCGCGGGAAAUCAUUAGAGGUGCACUACCUUAAACAGAAAUCGACAAUGUGUAUCGAGAUUGUAUUUUACAGCAUUGUAUCUUGUUCAUUCAAGAAUUAUUUCAAUAUUUUAUUUCAUGUCAUAGCCUUUCAAAAGCCUAUUUACAAAUCAAUUAACUCUGUGACCUCAAUCCUUUUAUUUUUACUUUUUGCGAUUCUGCAUUUAAUAAUGUGUCACCUUUAGUAUGUUUAUAUCUUUCGUGAAAGCAGAAACCAUAACAUGCGUUGAAUGUUCAAUGGAUGACUGAUUAUGAGUGAACAUAUUACGAAAUGGUAACAUAUACUUAUUGCUAUGUAAUAUCACUGUAUUGCGCAUCACUCAUUAAUAGAAUGUGAUACAAAACUGUACUUUCUCUAUUGAGUGUAUGCUCAAUCUGAGCACAAAACACAUUUCCUUUAAGAAAGGAUAUAACAUAUUUUUAUAACAAAAUUAUAAAAAUAUCUAUGGUAAAUAACAUUAACUAUUGUUAAUGUGUACUUUUUUCAAUAUUGUUGUACAAUUAAAUAAGUAUGAACGCAGUAUAUUUCAUUUUAAAAAUGAGGCGUGUCGUAUUUUGUAAAAUACAUUGGUAGCCUGUCAACCCCAAUACAUUUGGGAUUUGACGUGAAUGUAUCAUCUUUUGAAUGAUGACAUUUUAGUAUACGUUAUUAUGCCUAGUUGUACCUAAGUCGACUUUAUAGUAUGUCGCUUAAUCACAUAUCCAUGUUCAUUGUUUAUGUUUAAAAAUAUGUUUUAUGUUUUAAACGUAUGUUUUAUAUGUGAAUAAUUGUGUUUUAUUUUACAAAGAUGAUCAUUAAAUCGAUUUUCAACAUUUUAUACAUGUAUGCAAAUUGUUUUAUUUGCGGUUGUUACAUUUUAUUUUUGUUUCAUUAAUUGGACGCCGAUAUUUAUUGUGCUUAUCAUUCGUUAUUUAUUGUGAUUGCCAUUUAUAUAUUUACUAUGUGAGAAUAAAUACAUAAAUCAA